UGAAAAGUCGUCUGCUGCAAAAUUUUGCAUCCAUAUCGUACAUUAUCAAGAGAGACUUGUGCCGAAUAUGCUUCUUUUACCAUUGUUUUCUGCCGCUGUUUUGACAUUCGGGAUUUCGCUUCAGAAGGUUACAGGACUUCCGGGAUGUAAUGACGUUCAGCAGUUUUACCGGGCACUCUCUGUAUGUGGGUUACCCCGUGCCUCGAUGCCUGGAGUUGGAUGUACAUGCAGUGAUGUCUACAAAUUCUUACACUGCUUAACGGACUACAUUAAUGAUAAACGUCCGUUACAUGAAGAGUGUACGACAAGUGACUUUAAAAAGGUUAUUAAAGGAACGUUAGCAAAUACACCUUGUCUUAAAAACAUGGACUUCUGUUUUGAGUAUCUGGUGAGAGUUACAAUUAAGAAUGAGCACUGUAAUAAGGCAAACAAGGUAGUCAAUGGUAACAUACAGGCAGCUGAUAAAGUUAUAGACACACUGCUGCAGGAUGCUGUCCAUCCGAAAGUGAAGAGUUUCUGCAGAGAUGAAUAUGAAAGGAUAUACUAUCGGACGUACUUAACACAUGUUGAGAGUGAUCGAAUAAAAAAUCAAUUGCGGGAUAAGCUACGCGAAGUAUCUCGUGGUGGUUAUCUCUUGGGCUCACACGUUUAUAGGGUUUCGGACGAUGUCAUCGAUAGGUGCUUUGAAAUGUGUUACCUUAAAGACAAAAGCAAACAAUGCUUUGAGUAUGUGUUGGGCAUGGAAUACCAUCCAACAGAGAUAUGCAGACCUGCGUAUGAUUUCAUGAACUGUCUUGGUUAUAAGACUGAACAAGCAACACAGGAACCGAUAUGUGAAGUCGAUGUGUUAGACAACCACGGAAAAAGAAUGGAUCUGAUAAAGUUCUUGCAUGAAAACUUUCCUCAAAACGAUCCCGUUAUCUCACAGCUCAGCUUAUACGACGCCCAAACAUGUGCUUCCGGUUGAUGCUACCCCGAGGACAAAGACUACGAAUCUACGAGAGGGAAUUCCCUUGCAAAAUGCAAUAUCUUAUACAUACACAUGAAUACUUCAGUUAAAUAUGUUUAAAACAAAAUUAAACGUGACAUGAUAA